UUAGGAGUGUAGUCACAGUGGCGUGCUUGAAUGUCGCUCUGAGUAGACAUUUAGUUACGCGUGCAUUAUAGAUUACAUGUUUUCAACGUGAUACCAUAUGAGUCCAGCGUGAGGGAUUUUGGUGACUCACUCAGACUCUGCUCCUCCUCACACUAAUCAUACAUCUCGGACUCUCUGGGUGAUAUCUGUGGUGCCAUGAUGGAGUGCAGCCCAUGCAGAUGGCCUAAAGAAAAGAGGGGUUCCAGAGAGGUGGUCCUUGUGGUGGUCUUUAUAGCCCUUUUGGUGGAUAAUAUGCUUUUCACAGUGGUUGUUCCCAUUAUUCCAAGUUUCCUCUAUCGGAUAGAACAUAAGAAUGGAAAUACAACUGUGGGCAUGAUUGCAUCAUCUUCUGAUUCCAAAGUUUCUUUUGCCUCAAUAUACUCUCUGCAUGAGAACACAACCAUCUUAAGUGACCAAUCAAAUUAUGAAGGGGUCAAUAAUAAGAGACAGGAGGCCCCCAAUAAUUCCAGCUGCGACAAGGAAACAAGUAUCCUGCACCAUGAGAAUAUCCAAGUUGGUCUUCUGAUUUCAACCAAAGCAAUAGUACAACUGAUAGUCAACCCCAUAGUAGGACUCAUUACCAACAGGGUUGGAUUUGAUAAACCACUAUUUGCUGGAUUUAUCAUCCUGUUCUUUUCUACUUUAAUUUUUACCUUCGCUGACUCAUAUUGGCUGAUGUUCUUUGCAAGAUCGGUGCAGGGAGCCGGAUCCUCAUUUUCCACUGUUGCAGGUUUGGGAAUGCUGGCCCAAAUAUACCCUGAUGAUUAUGAAAGAGGGAAGGUCAUGGGCAUCGCACUAGGAGGCCUGGCGUUGGGUACGAUCAUUGGCCCCCCCUUCGGUUCACUAAUGUACAAUUUUGUUGGGAAAACGUCACCAUUCUUAGUGCUGGCUGUUCUCGCUCUGCUAGAUGGAGCUCUACAGCUCAGUAUGCUGCGAUUUGACAAGUUUGUUCCGGGGAGCAUUCCAGCGACAUCCUACUUGACACUUCUCAAGGACCCUUACAUUGUAGUGGCUGCAGGGGUUUUUUGCAUUGACUAUCUGUCAUUUGGAGUUGUUGCACCCACCCUGCCCAUAUGGAUGUUGGAAACGAUGUGCUCGUCUGACUGGGAAUUAGGUUUUGUUUUCCUACCUGCUGGCAUUCUGUACCUCCUAUGUACCAACCUGUUUGGCAUUCUGGCAUACAAGAUGGGGAGGUGGCUGUGUGCUUUUGUCGGGAUGUUAAUCACGGGAGUUGUUUUUAUAUUGGUUCCACUAGCUUCCAAUCUGUUUGGUCUUAUCUGUCUUAUGGUUGCCAUUGGCAUUGCCAUUGGAAUGGUUGAUGCAUCCAUCAUGCCUAUCAUGGGACAACUGGUAGAUCUACGUCAUACAUCUGUGUACGGAGGGGUAUACGCCAUUUCAGAGGCAGCUGUAUGCAUGGGAUAUGCAUUGGGACCUCUGUGUGGUGGCGCUUUAGCAGAAGCUAUUGGAUUUCCCUGGUUAAUGAUGAUCAGUGGAUCACUGUGCAUUAUCUACUGUCCUCUGUGUUUCUUGCUUAGAAACCCACCAGCCAAAGAAGAGAAAAUGGCCAUCCUAAGCCAAGAAUGUCCUAUGGAAACCAAGACCUACAUGGACCAAUGAAAACUACCCCAGCUCUACCAUUCUCUUACCACAGUAGAAGAGAUCACCCCCCCCCCCCCCCAAUAGGACUAUGAGGAUCCCCUGCUGACAUAUUUCAUAUAUAGAAGCCUUCAGAUUAUUAGCAGGCCAAGAAUCCUUGCAGUGCUUCAACCAAGCAGCACUUUACACCCAAACUUUAGGAAAGGGGUUGUUUAGGAUGAGGAAAAUAUGGGUUACUUCUUCCAGAAACAGCUCCACAUGGGUGGUCAUGGUUACUAUCUGGUACUGGAUCUUCUCUCCAUUAAAGGAUACUGGCUGUCAUAAUACCACACACAAACUGUGCACUGUUUUUAGAAGAGAGCAGCCAUGUUUUUCCUGAGCAACCCCUUUAGGGUCGCACAGUGUUCAAUGUAGCACAUCUGAAGAAGAACAACACGUAUGGAAUUUGAGGUAUACAGAGGUAUGGUAGCGUCAACAGUACAGAAGUUCUACAAAAGUUGUACAGAACCAGAAUACAUCUUAAUAAUAUAAUCAAAAUCCAACACUGUCUGUAAUAUUAAGAAUAUUUUACUUAUUUUUUGUUGUAAUUUAUUAAAAUCACCAAAUGCUGCAGUGUGCCUUUGGGGAGGAGAGCACGAUAGGAGUGACAGUAGCAAGAAUGGUGGUAGUGGUACUCACUUACUCUGUCACUCCCCACACCUUUCUUCCCUUUGGGACACAUUCUGGUUUUUGGGUUCUACUGCCACCGGCGUGGAAUGAAGUCAGUCAGCCUGUGGUACUGCUGAAGUGUUAUGGAAGCCCAGGUUGCUUUGAUAGCGGCCUUCAGAUCGUCUGCAUUUUCUCUGAGGGAUUUAGGUCAAGCAAAUUUGGUGGCCAAUCAAGCACAGUGAUAUUGUGGUUAUUAAACCAGUAGUGAUACUUUUGACAGUGUGGGCAGUUGCCAAGUUCUGCUGGAAAAUGAAAUCAGCAUCUCCAUAAAGCUUGUCAGCAGAGAGAAGCAGGAAGUGCUUUAAAAUGUCCUGGUAGUCUGCUGCGCUGACUUUGGACUUGAUAUAACAUAUUAGACUAACACCAGCAGAAGACAUGGUUCCCCAAACCAUCACUGACUGUGGAAACUUUCCACAUGUCUCUCCACUCUUCCUUCAGACUCCGGUACCUUGAUUUCAAAUUGAAAUGCAAAAUUUACUUGCAACAGAAAACAGGACUUUGAACCAUGGUGCAACACUCCAGUCCUUUUUCUCCUUAGCUCAGGUAAGAUGCUUCUGAUGUUGUUGUAUCUGGGUCAUGAGUGACCUGACACACGGAAUGCGACAGCUCUAGCCCAUGUCUUAGAUAUGUCUGUGUGUGGUGGUUCUUGAAGCACUGACUCCAGCCACAGUCCACUCCCCCAAAUUCUUUAUGGCCUUUUCUUGACAAUACUUUGAAGUGUGUGGUUAUCCCUGUUCCUUGCGCACCUUUUUCUACCACACUUUUUCUUUCCACUCAACUUUCCAUUAAUAUGCUUGGAUACAGCAUUCUGAACAGCCAGCCUCUUUAGCAAUGACUUUUUGUAGCUUACUCUCCUUGUGGAAGGUGUCGGUGACUGUCUUCUGGACAACUGACAAGUCAGCAGUCUUCCCAUGACCUUUGCAGGUGCUUUGUGUUGAUCAGCUGAUUAGAGUCUGACACCACGAGUCUACAAUAUUGAACUUUUUCACAAUAUUCAGAUUUUCUGAGAUACUGACUUUUGGGUUUAUAUUAGCUGUAAGCCAUAA